UCCAACCAGGUGGCGUUGUUUAUUGUAUAUAAACAUGUCACAAGGCAAAGAUAAGUAAUUUUUAAAUCCACACGUAGGGAUUUCAAUAGCUAAAGAUUCCACUUGGAGUAUUCAGGAUGAAGGUUCUUGUUGUUUUUAGUUGUGUUAUAGCCUUCUGUUAUGGAAUGGAACAGAUGGGACUCCCCGGUGGUUAUUCACCAGCCAACAUAUCCGACCCAGAAAUUUUAGGAUUUGCCAACUUUUUUGUCAAUGAAUACAACACAAUGUACCAAAGUGGUGCCAAUGCCGCAAAAUACAACGAUGUGACAUUGUUAGCAGCUUCGCAGCAGGUUGUUGCUGGUAUGAACUAUCAUUUGAAAUUGCGUAUGACUAAUGGAGGAACAACGCAAAUCUGUGAUGUUGUCAUAUUUGUCCAGACUUGGUCUAGUACCAAACGUGUUUCAUCUGAGAAAUGUCAUCCCGUGACUACCAAAAGAGGUGAUAUGAUUGUUGGAGGAUACACUCAGCAUAGUGUGGAUGCUGAAGUUAUGAUGAUGGCCAACUUUGCUCUAAACCAGAUGAACAUGCAGUUUAAAGAAUCCAACAGCUUGGUCAGAGUUGUAGCUGCCAGUACCCAGGUUGUUUCUGGUACAAACUACAAACUCACACUGGAGCUUGACAAUGGGCAAAUGUGUGAUGUUGUGGUAUAUAACCAACCCUGGACCAAAACCACAGAAGUGACCAGUAACACAUGUGCUUCCAACAAGAGACAGUUGGGUGCCCCCCAUGCUAUCGGCAGUAGUGAUUCUCAUGUCCAAGAGGUUCUUACCCAAGCUGUCGAACAGGCUAACGGAAUGUCCAACAGCAUGUUCAGGCUUUCUCCUGUGUCCAUUAAUCAUGUUACCAAGCAAGUUGUAGCUGGUAUGAAGUACGAGUUUGACAUGAGUAUGGGUGAAUCUACCUGCAUGAACAGUGGAGACAGCAAGGGUAUGACCGCUGUCCAGUGUCCAGUUACGAGUGGAGCAAUGACUGCAAAAUUCCAUGUUGUUGGCAUCUGGCAGUCAUGGAUGACCCCACAGUACCAUGUGACUGUUACCCCAGUGGAAUUGAAGGAUGACACACCCGUGGAAGCAGGCAAGCUCUCUACGAUGGCCAAGUUCCUGGCCUUCAAGAAGACGCACAAGAAAACCUACGCAUCUACAGCUGAGGAGAAGAAGCGAUAUCUAAUAUUUAAGGAAAAUAUGAGACUAGUGGCUAAGAUCCAGCAGACCGAGAGACCGGGAAGUACUGCUCGCUAUGGUGCUACCAAGUUCGCAGAUCUCACAGAGUCUGAAUUCCGUCAACAUGUCGGUUAUAAGUGGGACCUUCAGGCUAAUAAGGGUAUGCAGAGAGCAGAGAUCCCUCGAGGAAACAUCCCAAAAGCUUAUGACUGGCGUGACCACAAUGCUGUGACCGCAGUUAAAAACCAGGGCUCAUGUGGGUCCUGUUGGGCCUUUUCCACCACAGGAAACAUUGAGGGCCAGUGGGCUAUCAAACGAAGCAAGCUGGUGUCCCUCUCAGAACAAGAGCUGGUCGACUGUGACAAGGUAGAUGAGGGCUGUAAUGGUGGACUGCCCAGCCAGGCCUACAAAGAAAUCAUCAGACUCGGUGGCCUGGAGACAGAAGCCAGGUACAAAUACGAGGGCGAGGAUGAGAGGUGUAUAUUCAACAGGUCAGAUGUCAAGGUGACCAUCAACUCAUCUGUGUCCAUCUCCAGUGAUGAGACAGAAAUGGCAGCUUGGCUUGCAAAGAAUGGACCCAUCUCUAUUGGCAUCAAUGCGUUUGUUAUGCAGUUUUACAUGGGAGGAAUAUCCCACCCCUGGAGUUUCUUCUGUAAUCCCAAGGAGCUGGAUCACGGAGUUCUCAUCGUAGGGUAUGGUGUUGACCAAAAUGGUACGCCUUACUGGGUGGUCAAGAACAGCUGGGGACCAGACUGGGGAGAAAAGGGAUAUUACUUGGUGUACAGAGGAAGUGGUGUGUGUGGUCUCAACACCAUGUGUACGUCUUCUGUUGUUGACUAGUGAAACAAGGAUAUGUGAAACAAGGAUCUGUGAAACAAGGAUCAGUGAAACAAGGAUCAGUGAAACCUAUCAACACCUGAAACUGCCACUGAAGACUGUAUCUCAUCAAACUUUCUCACAAUGGAGCUGAAACUAUACGUAUAGCAAAUGUAUUCCUUAUUUAACCGGCCAAAGUUACAGAAGACCAUGGAAUUAAAGGGCAGAACCUACUGAAGAUUUUGCUGAAGAAAUAUAUUAGCUAGUGAAAUCAUGACAUCUGCUAUAAUUGGUGUAACAGCUGAUAGAACAACCUGCAAUGUGUCUACUCUAUCUUCUUUAGUUAGUAGCAAAUAAUCAUGAAAACAUCCACAUGAAGUUACAUCAAAUGUGUACCUUCAUGAUGGUUGAAAAUUAUAACAUUAAAAAUGUUCAAAUCUCAAAUUAAUUUUCAAUGAGUUUUAUUGAAAUCAACAAAUAUGUCCGUUCCCUGUAUUUUACAUUCAUAUAUUAAUUGUGCAACACUAUAUUUUUCAAAAAGUAAGCAUAUUUUGUAUUGUUUUGCCGAGUUUUAUAUUUGUAUACUUGGAAGGCUGGCAUCUUCAAAAUAAAAAUACAUGUAUAAUUUAACGCUUUUACUCCUUGAAAAUUUCAAUCUGCCAUAUUGUACUGAUAUUUUUUAUUUAAAUACUUAUUCUGGAGAGAUAGCAUAUAUUUGUUCCCUGUAUUAUAUACAAUUUAUUGUUAAACAUUUUCAUUUUUCUGAACAACAUUUGGUAUUGUUUGUUGGCGCUUUAUAAUCUACAAUAAUAAUCUGCCUUAUACUGGUAUUUGUCUCUACUGCGAAAGUCAUGAAGUGAGACUGUGGUGUUACUUUUCCGGCGAUAUUUGUUUUGCAAUACAUCAAAUUUUGCUUGUGUCUAUGAUGUAUUCAGGGUGUCUCCAUAUUAAUAUAUGGAGAGUUUUGGGUUGUAUUUUUUUUUUAGAUACUGAAAUUUUAGUGCAUCUGGAGUUUGCUUAAAACUUUGUAUAUUGACAAAGUGGAACAUAAUUUAUUACGUGUAAUUCUUAUAUUUAUUACAAAGAAAAAAAUACAUAUGGUGUCAUACAUUAGAUUUGUAAUGUUGACCAGUUAUAUGAAAGUAUCACUUUUUCUUCUACUCCAAUAACACUCAGUGGCAUUUCUACUUAAUAAACCCAGAGUACUCCGAUGAAAUGAUUUUUGACAAGUUGAGCACACUAUUUCUGUUCAAUACAAGAAAUAAAAUUUGUGACUGAUUUUUUGACAUACACUUGUAUUUUAAAUGUUUUUACAGCAUGAAUAUCCUGUUGUUAGGAAAGUUGUAACGAUUUUGCUGUAUAAACGUUCAGAUGUUUCCAUCAAUAUUGUAUACAAUGUAGUCUUCAUGUUAUUGUUUUGUCCGUUUGUGCCUGAUGUACAAGUGUAAAUAAUAUUAUGCAACAAAUGAGACCACUACCUACAUGUACUGAACUGAAACAUUUUAUAUACAUGUAUUUGAUGUUUUUAUCUUUCAUAGCCGUUUGAUAUUAAAAAUUGAACAAUUUUCAAGAUCUGAAAUUAACUAAUACAGUAUUAAUUGUUAGACUUUUUUUUUACGUCCUUUUCAAAUGUUAAUACAAUUGUUUUCAAUUUUUGUCAGAUUGCUAAAAUAUCUAUGAAGCUAAACACAUGAUAAUGAAGACAAAUUUCAGAAUUAUUUAGAAACUAAAUCAGUUUUUGUUUAAAUUUUUAGAUUUAAACAUUCCAGUAUACCUUGUAUCUUUUAAACAAAGAUGCAUAUCUAAAUAUUUUUUGUUAUUGUAUUUCACAUUUGUUACAAUUUUUUGUUCACCUUAAAAUGAUAAAAAAAAAAGAAGAUAUAUAUAUAUGAUUUAGAUAAAUAAUCAUGCGACCUAAAUUACUUUGACAUUUUGAAGGACACAUUAUGUAUAAUACAAAGUUUAUAAUAUGCAUGUACAUAUAUCAGUACAUUUAAACAGAAAUUGAUUUGGUAAUGUGCAAAUUUUUUUUGGUAAGUAAAUAUUUUUUGUAUUCUCUAGAGUCACUUUGAUGAUCAACUUUGUACUUAUUGGAAAAAGGAAAUAAAAAAAUUUGGGAGCAGAA